UCUCUAAUGUUUGGAGAUUUUGUUUCUAAGGCCAUAGUUUAAGGCCAUAAAGGGACGUCAAUCCAAUGUCAAAUUAGGUGGUUUUUUUUUAUUAUUAUAUACUAGAUCUAGAUCUACACUAAACAUAACAUAGAAUCUAGACUAAAGAGUGACGAUUGUAUAGUCAAGUCUAUAGAAUCUAUUAGUCUAGAUUAUGUCUACUCAAAAGUUACUUCAAUCAUGUAGGAUUUUAAGAGGGCACAUAUUUCCACUUCAAGGGGCACUUACUAAAGAACCAAUACACAUGCUGAGAAGAUGUUUGAGUGAUCCAUCAGACAGUUCUAAGUUCUACACUCCUGAAGAUUUGAGCCCUCCAAUCCCUCCCUAUCAACAAAGAUAUGGGGAGACAUUAGAACUCAAACGUGCAAGACUUCUCUAUCAGAGUAGAAAGAGGGGAAUGUUGGAAAAUGGAUUGUUAUUAAGCACUUUUGCUAAACAGCAUUUAAAUACAUUAACUGAAGAUCAACUGUCUUCUUAUGAUAAACUUAUCAACCAACCUUCAAAUGAUUGGGACAUCUAUUAUUGGGUUACAGGUGUUAAAGAAAUACCAGAAGAAUACAGAUCUGAUGUCAUGGAUUUAUUAAAAAAUCAUGCCAAAAAUAGCACAAAAGAAUCCAGGAUUAAGCAGCCUGAUUUAUAAAGUAGACACAGGAUUUAAAUGAACUUGUCCUGCCAUUUGCAAGUAUUCUGACAUUUGAAACCAGCUGAUUUCAUUCACACUACAUGAGUUUAAGAUUUCAGUUGAACAAAUUUUGUUUUUAUGUGCACAAUAGUUUCAUUUAGUUUAAACUCUUUUAUUAAGAAACUGAACAAUUUGAUUUCUUAUUACACUAGAACUUUGUUAGUCAAUCAGAAAUAAAACAUGAUUAUUUGUCC